UGUUGGCCUCUAGAAAACAUAAAAGAACAGCAAGUGCAAGACCACACAUUCCACCCUGCCUUGUAGAUUAACCAGCCUGUCAAACAAGAGCAAAGCAUCAGUAGGUAGAUAAGUGGACAGCCACACAGUGAAGAACCUCACAGACUAAACCUAGAAACGGAACAAAAGAGGAUAGCAAGUAGUUUUGGAGAUAAUGCUUCAUUUAAUACCAAGAUAUAGAACACAGCUUGUCACUAAACUAACUGUGAAACAGAAUCUUCCUGUGUUGACUGCAUGAGAGUAACAAAGGAAAGCAAAGCUCAGGUAAUGGCAAGUGAUAAGAAUCACUGAGUAAAAGAAGACAAGAUGCCUGGAAGCAUGAUGUCAGUAUCCUGCCAUAAGCACCAUUUCCUUUUGGUUGGCGUUCUUGGUUUCUGUCUUAACAGUUUUGUGAGAGGUCAGAAGAACACCACUCUGAUUUUCACCAAGGAAAAUACAAUUCGCAACUGCAGCUGUUCUGUUGAUAUCCGUGACUGUGACUACAGCUUGGCAAACCUCAUGUGCAGUUGCAAAACCAUCUUGCCUUAUACAAUUGACAGAGCCAGGUACCACAGUGACCUAACAAUUUGGUUCACAGAUACAACCGUGCUUGGAAUGCUGUUGAACUUUACAGUGGUGCACUACCUGAAGCUUUCACUCUGUGGCUCCACUCCUCUACCAAGAGAAUACCUGGCCAUUUUGGGAUUGCAAAAGCUGCAAAUAAACAGUGAGGUUAAGGGCCAGUUUCUAGAGCAAAAUUUAACAAUCUACAAUAGCGGCGACAAUGAGAUGAGAGACAAACUGAAGGUGCUACACAAAGACAGGCAAAUGUUUUUGUAUAUUUCUAUCUUGGAUACAUCUCUUUUCAACAGGUAUUCUUUACUGAAGUCCUACAGUGUGGAAAAUGUCUCCAGCAUUACAGACCACUUUCCAAGUCUCCCAUAUUCUGAUAUAUUUUCAACUAUUAAUAACAAAAGCUAUGUUGUAACAUUCAUUUACUGAGCCAUGUUCAGCAACUUCAGCAGUACAGUAAGGGGGCACGUUAACCUGUCAAUAGAACAAGAUAUGGAACUUUUGCAAGUCUGUUGUGUUUGACCCAGAAAGGAGAGUAAGUGUGGGUCAGUUCUUACUGCACUCAAAAUGACACUGUGUGGGGUUCAAAAUAGUUUGAACACAGAGAAUUAAUUCUGUAACCUGUUUCUUAGAGAACAGAGAAAAUGUGUGACGAUCAAUUUUAAAAGUGAUGUAACUAAGUUUUCAAAAUGACUAAAUUAUUGUAUGGUAAAGAUUGAAAUAUGUUGAUUAAUUUCGUUAUGAAAUGUGCAUUAGUUGGGCAUAUGAAAACAUGACAAUGUACCUUUUGGGUAUAGAACUACCUAAUAAUAAUAACAACCCAUCUGUAAUGUGUUUUUACACAUUCUGCAAGAUAUAGUAAAUAUGUGAAAAAUAUAUAAGUAGUUUGAAUAGUAGUGAGUAUAGUUAUAUGUACUGAAUCUCUUAUCUUUUUACAUAAAAGUACAUGGACCUUUUUCAGUUAUAGUUUGAAAGCUCACACCAUUAUUUGCCUUGGAAAACCAUUAGGAUAGUGUAUGGAUGAGUAAUUAUGUCUCCUUAUGAAGGCUGUUUAAUUACUCCAGUGUUGUCUUAAUUUGGUUUAAUUAACACAAAACUUGGAGAUAGACAGGCUUCAUAUUAAUUAAAGUAGUACUGUUGGCUGCACAAACGCAGAAAUCUGACAGAACCUUUGGCACUAGCUCCAGCAGACCCUUUUAUAUAGGAUACCAAAGAUGAAUUGCCAGUGUCAUUCUGUUUUCACAAGAAGGCUAGGCUAAUUAUAUCACAUAUAUAAAGAAUAAUAAGUAUCUAGAACAGCAGAUCUUUACAGUCUUGUACUGCCAAUAAGGGAUUUCUAACAAAUCUUUCCCCCUUAGCUUGUGAUAACACCUGGGGGAGUGAUGGUGUUAAGGAACUGGGGAAUCUAUUAAUUUGUUUUCCCAUUUAAGAGAAAUCCUUUCUCAUAAAUAUAACCAAGAAAGAUGGCA